AGAAAGACUCGUUUUCAGAGGAGAAAUCUCCGUUUGCAUGUAAACGAAGGGCACAAACGAAGGAAGAUGUCUCCGUUUAUCAAAAUCACCGUGUACAUGUAAACGGCCUCUCAGAGACUCCUCGGGUUGGUUGUUUUUGUUCAGCUGCAGUGGACUCUUGUAAAUGCCAUUAGAAGCAUUCAGAAGAGGACGAGGAACAUGAUAUUUUUCACAGACUAUCUGUGUGACUGUCGUGAUACUUUCAGCAAAUACAUUUUUUCAGCUUUCGCCAAUUUAAGUUAAACUUAAAAAAAAUUAAUUAAUUUUUUUUUUUUUUUAAGCAAAUUCUAUCAUUAGCAUAUUUGGCAAUGAGUGCAAAAGUUAUUUUAUUUUAUUUUAAUCACGAGGAAAAAAUCUUUGGUAGUUUUCUCAUUGUGUUGCUGAACAAAAAAAAAGAGAGCCACUUUUUGUGUCGCUAACCUGGCUGACAACACAGUGAUAUCUUUGCAAUAAACAAUCGCUGGCUUUUUAGCAACAAGUUGCAAUAAAAAAAAGUCUCACUUCAGAAAAAACAAACAGUUUAGUUAUUUGUUGGUCUUAAACAGCGGUAUGUGUCUCACCCAGGUGACAUCCACCAUCCCCCGAUUUCAAAGUCAGCUCAUGCGUCACUUUAUAAACCUUUAUGAUAAAUAUGCAACAUACAAAUGUAAUGUAUCCCUGGUUUGCAGAAAAGUACAGUGCCAACAUCUUCUGGUGACUGGGUGGUCUCCUGUCACAGCCACCACAGUUUAGUAUGCAAAUCGAGCUCUGCAGAGAAGCAGAAAUAAAUAAAUAUGUAAGCGUGCUUCUGUAAAUACCAAGAGCUGGUGGAGCAGUGCAGAAGCUGACACUAGUGGGCCCUCUGCGGGCCAGUUGUAGUGGGCUGCAGGGGAUUUGCUGGGUGCUCAAUUUGUAAAGCGCUGGCAAGGCUAGGAGUAGCUGGAGCUGCAAUGGGGAGGGCCAUACGUACCAUUACUGAAAGCAGAGGGAAAAGCUUGGUACUAACUUUGAUUGAGGUUGACAACACAAUACAUACAUAGGUAAAUACAAGGUCAAUACAUUACAGGACCAUGAUUAAAACACCGAAACGUAUCAGAUCUUGGCGGCAGCUGGAGUUUUAUUUUGUCAGGACGCUGUAAUAAAGUGAGUUUAGACUAUUGACAUGUGUAAAUGUAGGCUGAUACAAAAGAGACAAAUAAAAGCACAACCCACAGAAGACAAAAGCUGACAUUAUGUCGGCUGCUUGCAUGCACACCCUCUGCAGAGAAUAACGCUGAUAAGCUUUACAAUGCUGCCAGUAAUAUUCAAUCAUUUGUUGUCUGUGUUUUUAACGAGUGGGUGAUAACAGUAGGAGAGGCGUUGUGCUGUGCACUAUAAGAGAGUGGAUGGUCACAGGAGUGUGUGGAUAGUUGUCCAGACUGUCUGCAGCACCAUGGAUCAUCACUCAGCCCCUCUGCUGCUGCUGCUGCUGCUCACCUGCCUGGCAGGGUUUUCUGCCAGUGAACCUGCAGAGGGAGGAACCAUGGGGGAGACCUCAUACGGGCCGUCCUCAGUGGAGAUCAGUGGGGUUGAUGUGGUGACAGUGGGAAUCCCAUAUGGUUUCAAGUGCACGGCCAAUUGCUACCCAGGCUGCAAGUACAGCUGGAGCAGGGGUAACGUGACCUCACAGGGCCCCGAGCUGAGCCUGCAGCUCCUGCACAUCAUGCCAACGCAGACCUUGACCUGCACAGUGAUCAACCCCACAACACGGAGGUCAGCUACUGUCCACAAAACGCUGCAAGUGACGGCUGGGCCAUCAAACAUACACAUCAGUGGUCCAGCCUUUCUGACUGUCGGAGCUGAAUCCAUCUUUACAUGCUCGGCCAACUGCUACCCCUCCUGCAGCUACUCGUGGAGUGUUGUCUGGAAAGGGGAGACGCUCCGCACUGCAGACAGCAACACCAUUCGUGUCACUCCAGCUCGCAGUACUGUCCUCUAUGAAGAUCUAAUCUGUGAGGCUCAGGACACCGUGUCACAUCUCUACGUCUCCUCGUCUGUGAGACUGCCUGUUGCAAGCAUAUCUGACAUCAGCAUUGCUGGUCCCAGCGCAGUGACAAUGGGUAAAGAGUACCUGUACAGGUGCUACGCCCUGUGCAUCCCGUCCUGCAGCUUUUCAUGGAAGUACAUGGGCAAGACUUUCAAGGGUAAGCAAAUGCAGAUGCCCAUCAUGCAUCAGGGGGACCAGAAAAAGUCUUCCAAUGAGCUGGAGAUCACUUUAAGUGACUACUCUAGGAUUGAGCCUCUGACCUGUGAGGCAACGAACACUGCAUCUCAUGCCAAGACCACCUCCACUUUGGACCUCACUGUCACUGAUCCGUUCUCAGUGCGUCCCAUCUCCCAGGCCCUGUCAGUUGCAGGCAAGUCUUUCUUUCUGCAGUGUGUUGGCACUCAGAACCCAGCCUCAGUUACAUGGCUGAAGAAUAAACGCCCAAUGCCAGUGUCUGAAAGAGUGCAUUUCUCCCCUGACAACAUCAUGAUGAUCUUCAGUCCGCUCCUGCAGGAGGAUGACGGUUUAUACCAAUGUGUGGUGACAGAGGGGGGCCCACGCAUACAGUCUGUUGGCUACAAGAUGCAAGUAAACUAUGGGCCGUCCGCAGUGGUGAUCAGCGGGGUCGACAUAAUGACUGCUGGAAAGCUGUAUAAUUUCCAGUGCUCAGCCAGCUGCUACCCAACAUGCCAGUUCACCUGGACCAGGGGCAAUAUGACCUCUCAGGGCCCAAAGCUGAGCUUGCAGCUUCAUGAACUACAGCCAACACUAAAGCUGACCUGCACAGCGGUCAACCCUGCUACAGGAGCAUCAGUCACUUCCCAAAAGACACUGCAAGUGAUAGCUGGACCAUCAAAUAUACACAUCAGCGGUGCAGCUUUUCUGAGCGCAGGAGCUGCGGCCACCUUUACCUGCUCAGCUGACUGCCCCUCCUCCUGCAGCUACUCGUGGACUGUUGCCAUGGGGGAGGAGACAAUCAAUACGGCACAAGGCAACACCAUUUCUGUCGCACCACCCGCUAAUGCUAUCCUGUCUGAAACUCUGAUCUGUAAGGCUCAGGACACCGUCUCUCAUCUCUUCAUCUAUAAGACUCUGCAGCUGCCAGUGGCAAGUUUAUCCAAAAUUGCCAUCAAUGGUGACGUUGAGGUGGCAAUUGGAAAAAAGUACACAUACGAAUGCUUUGCCUUCUGCACUCCAUCCUGUACAUUCACUUGGAGGUUCUUGGGGAAGACUUACAAAGGCAGUCAGCUGGAGAUCACGGUUAGUGACUACGCUAAAUGGGAGCUUCUGACCUGUGAGGCAAUCAACAUUUUAUCUAACGCCACUAUCACCGCCACUAUGAACAUCACUGUCAUUGACCCAUUCUUGGUGCGCCCCACCUCCCAGGCCCUGCCAGUUGCAGGCAAGCCUUUCUCUCUGCAGUGUGUUGGCCCUCUGGAUCCAGCCUCCAUCACGUGGCUCAAGAACGAACGCCAAAUUCCAGCAUCUAAAAGAGUGCAUUUCUCCCCUGACAACACCACAGUCACCUUCAGUUCUCUCUUGCCAGAGGAUGGAGGGUUGUACCAAUGUUUGGUAGUAGAGUUUGGGAACCACACUGUCUACUACAACAAAUUGCUAGGGGUCGAGGGUGGAACCCCCAUCCUGUCAGUUGGCUACCUGAUGGAAGUAAACUAUGGGCCCUAUGAGGUGCUCAUUGUGGAACCCAACGAAGCACCGGUGGGUGAGGUGAUGUUCGCUCUGCCUGGAUCCACAACAGAGCUGCAGUGUUUACCUGACUGCUUUCCCCUCUGCUCCAUCAACUGGUUUUACCACGGCAUGCUCCUGUCUACAAAUGCCUCCAUAUCCUUCACACCUGAAACGCCUCCAUACGAGGCCAGCCUCACCUGUGUGGCAUCUAACCCAGUGACAGAGGAAAGCAGAGUGGCUGAGACCAUAGUGGUGGUGCCUGAUGGACCGAGAAAUGUGGUCAUCGUAGGACCAGAUGCACUUGAAAUCGGGGUCACAGCGAGCUUAAAAUGCGUGGCUGAGUGCACUCCUUCCUGCAGCUUCAAGUGGACCUUUUUCGGGAAGACUAUGACGGGACGUGAGAUUGACAUAAACGUGAACCGCCACAUUUCCAAAGAGUCCAUCAGCUGCCGGGCUGAGAACACAUACACCGGGAAGACGGUGAUGGUCAAUGAGACGCUCAGUGUCUCAGAUCCUCACUGGUGUGGAUGCUGAGACACUGAAGAACUUCCUCAGCUACAUUCUCCUGAUCUAAAGCUCUGAACACAGGAGAGCUCAUAGUUAAAGUUUGGCAAUCUCCUUAUUGUCGACACUUACUGUACAUGUAUGGUUGUAUUUGCACAAGCAUUGUGUACUCUGACAGUGAUGGACAGGCGACCUGAGUGGGGUGUUUCCCUGAUUUCAGCACAAUGCAUGCUGGGACAGGUUCCAACCUCUUUGUGACCCUGAACGAGAUUAGACAGGUAUAAAGAAGGGAUAUAUAUGGAUUGUGUGUUUGAGUAACAACUUUUGGGGUUUUAUUGACACAAAGCUAAUCUCAUUCUCUUUCAUGAUGUUUUCCCAUUUGUCUUACCAAACAAUACGCACCAUUAUUCUUA